AUGUCAACAAGUACUACGACCGAUCAACAACAACAACAGUCAUCGAAACCAUCCUUCUGGAAAAGCAUGUUCCUCUGCUGCGGCUCCAGCGACGCAUCAGACGAUGAAGAUGAGUAUCCCAGGAAACCAUUGCAGAUUUCCUCACCAACCAACUUCCGCCGGCACGAAAUAAACAUAAUCGGCCUCGACCCGGAACUCCAAGACCGUUACCGCCGAAAACAACAAGAAGACGCCAUCGCCAUGUUCAACGACCUCCGACCCCUGCAAUCCUCCCCUUCCUCGCAAUUCGCGGAACGGCCUGCCACUGCGACUAGACUCACGUACGAGCAGUUUACGCAGCCGCGGGCGGCGCCGAGUCGUUUGUCGCUUUCGGCGGGCCAGAGGGUGGUUAGUCAUGCGAGGAAGUUGAGUGAGACUCUCACUGGGUCGAGGAAGCAUUCGGCGGGUGGGGGGUUGGUGGGGGAGGAGGAUGUGGAGAUGAGGAGGUUGAUGGAGGGGAGUCGGACUGAUGUGAGUGGAGUUGCUCCGCCGAGUGAUGUGGGUGGGAUCAAGAGGGGACAGGCGAGGGGGUAUAAGAUGAGUGAGGAGAGCCUUGACAGUAGGGACGAUAGUGCCAAGGGUGGGAUUGGAAAGUUUUGA